GUCUGGACAGCGUUUCUGGCACUGAUCAAGACAGGUUGCUCUUCAACUACAAGAUCGAUUUGUUCAAAGCUGGGAACAGUGAUUUGAGUCGCCAGGAGGAGAUAUUGCUGGCCAACGUGAAGCGCACAGUGAAGGUGUUUGAGGAUAUCACUGGUGACGCACCGGAAGUUGAAAUGUGGGGCGACGACCAUUGCCUCACGGCACUCGAUGAGCUGCAGAUGAAGGAGGGUCAUGCGCUGGCCUUUGGCUUUAAGAGAGAGGUGGAGGGCCGGAUCAAGUCCGACCUUUGUCGCCUGGUGAUGCUGUACAACACAGGGGGCUAUUACUUUGACACAGAUGUUGCCCCAUUAGCCGCACUGCAAAGGGUAUUAGACCCUCGAGCCACGUUUGUGACAGUGAGGGCGCAACGCGAUGGUUUUUUCCAAGCUUUUGUCGCUACUACACCCAAACACCCUGUGAUCAAGCUCUCAUUGAUGAAGUUCAAGACCUGGUACGACAAGUAUUGGACACCGGGUCAGGAUAAGAAUAAGCUGCGCGACGAGACUGGCCACGGACAGAUCGGGUGCGCUCUAUUGGAGAGGUCUUUCGCAGACUGGUCUGCUUCAGGUCAAAAACCCGACACCUUGCUGGUCCAUCAGGGCGGGCACGUGUCGCAGUUCUUUGACGAAUGGCAAUUUGUAAGUCGAGGUCCGGACAUCUUUCCGAAGGAGAAAAAACUGUUUUCAGCAUUUUCAGAUUCAUUGUGUGACUGGGGCGUUUUUGAUAGUCGCACAGAUACCCUGGUGAUGAUCUCCAGGGUUUAUGAUACAUACAUCCGCGGCCCGUGCCCGCAAUCAAGAUUUCUCAGACUCCAUUUGCCUUGA